AUGGAUAUCGAAAAAUGCUUUAAUUACACUAUAAUAUAUAUUGCAACAUUUUUAUAUGGAGUUUUUACCAACAAACGUAAAUAUUGGGAAAAACGUAGUACACCACAUCAUUAUUUAGAAUUUCAUCGUACUAUGCAUCCAUCACAAAAAAUGAAAGAGUUUUAUGAUAAAGAAAAAGGAAAAUUUUCUUUUGUUGGAAUGUACUUUUUUACGAAUCCAUUUGCUUUAAUAUUGGAUAUUGAUUUAGCUAAAAAUAUAUUAGUUAAAGAUUUUCAAAAUUUCAUUGAUCGUGGAGUUUAUUAUAAUGAAAAAGAUGAUCCACUAUCAGCUCAUUUAUUUUCUUUAGAUGGACAGAAGUGGAAGAAGCUACGUCACAAAUUAACACCAACAUUCACAUCUGGUAAAAUGAUAUUUAUGUUUAGUACAAUAGUCAAAGUUGGUGAAGAAUUUCAAGAAACUUUACGUGAAUUAAUUAAAGAAAAUGACAUUAUUGAAAUGAAAGAACUUUUAGGUCGUUUUACAACAGAUGUAAUUGGCACUUGCGCUUUUGGAAUUGAAUGUAAUAGCUUAAAAGAUCCAAAUGCAGAAUUUCUUCAUAUGGCAAAGACUGCAUUUGAAAAACCUAAAAGUACUGCUUUUGUGUUUACGUUUAAGAAACAAGCAAAAUUGCUUCGAAUAACAACCACCAGAAAGGAUGUUGGCGAUUUUUUUUUGGGUGUCGUUAGAGAAAAAAUGGAGCACCGCAUAAAAUAUAAUAUCAAAAGUAACGAUUUUAUGGGUUGA